AUGAGUUAUGAGUCUUCGUUUGAUUUUCUUUCAGAUUCAUUUCCAGAAGAAGUGGAAAGUCCCUUACGACGCCUGUCAUUUUUCGUUCUGGGGAGAAGUUCUAUCAGCAGGUCUGUAACUGAACUAACCAGAUCAUUAGAUCGCUCCCGCCAAUCUCUCAAUUUGGUAUCUUCUGUUAAAGGGAAAGAUGGAAGAAAGAAUUCGAUCCAAAGUUUGGAUUCUUCAGCGUUCCUUGAAAACAAACGAAAAAAAUUCAAACGUCACAAGAGUUUAACGGAGAUGAUGCGAGCUGUCCCAAAAACAAGCACCGGAAGUUCAAUAAUAAGACGUGACGGUUCUAUAGUUAUUAUGAAAGGUGCGAAAAUUGUCAGUGUGCGUGAAGACAAGGACUUCAACAAUGGUAUUCAAGAUUCCCCAAUACUGCGUUAUACCAAACAAUCUGAAAAUGGGAGAAAUUUACAAGUUUUUGGUAUGGGUAAGAGGGACCUUAGUACUGUGUAUAGUAAUGUAGAAACAGACAGUGAUGACGAGGUUUUCGAAGAUUCUGACAGUGACCAACAAUAUGAAAGAAAACCACUGAACAACCUCAGUAUUAAAAGUGGACGACGUGACUCGAUAUUUGAUUCCGUCUCGUCUGAAGAAUCUCAGGGAAUCCGACUAAAUGUCAGUGAAACUUGUUUUAGUAGUGUUUCGGAGCCCAACUCGACGAAACCCUUGCUCUCAAACGAAGGCGGAAACAGUAUUAUAGCCAUCAUACCUUUGACACCACAUACAAAGUACGGUUUGGCUAAAAGUGACAUGUAUCUGGAAAAGGACCCGGAGAAACAAGAACCUGGCGAGUUUGCGUCCAGGAAUUCUAAAACACCACAUAGAUUUUUCCCGCAUGUUGAUUUUGGGAAACUUUUUCCAAGAUCUGCAAGUGAGAAAAAACUCCAUCUCCACAAAUCCCCAUUAUUACAGCGGCGCCUACAAAAUAAGACCGGCUCUGAACCUCUGAUUAGUCCUCUGUAA